AUUUUUUUGUUUCUUGUUUAAAAAAGGGGUUUUUUUUUUUUUGUUUCUCUGGGUUGGUUAGAAAGUGGCGAAGAUGAAUCUGGGUGCGGCCGAGGAAGAAUCGGCUCAGGAGAUUCAUUUACCAGCUGAUAUCAAUUGGGAGAUGCUUGAUAAAUCCAAGUUUUUCGUUUUAGGCGCUGCUUUGUUUUCAGGGGUAUCUGGAGCUCUUUAUCCUGCGGUUUUGAUGAAAACUCGGCAACAAGUUUGUCAUUCGCAAGGUUCUUGUAUCAGAACUGCGUUUACCCUUGUGAGACAUGAAGGUUUAAGGGGAUUGUACAGAGGAUUUGGAACUUCUUUGAUGGGAACUAUCCCUGCUCGUGCUUUAUACAUGACUGCCUUGGAGGUUACUAAGAGUAACGUAGGCUCUGCUGCUGUCAGCUUGGGGUUGACAGAGGCUAAAGCUGCUGCAGUUGCUAAUGCGGUUGGAGGUUUGAGUGCUGCCAUGGCUGCACAGCUUGUUUGGACUCCUGUUGAUGUGGUUAGCCAAAGGCUUAUGGUUCAAGGAAGUGCUGGUCUUGUCAAUGCAUCGAGGUGUAAUUAUGUUAACGGGUUUGAUGCAUUUAGAAAGAUUGUUCGCGCUGAUGGACCUAAGGGGUUAUACAGAGGGUUUGGCAUAUCGAUUCUGACUUAUGCCCCGUCUAAUGCAGUUUGGUGGGCGUCUUACUCUGUUGCACAGCGGAUGGUUUGGGGUGGAAUUGGGUGUUAUGUCUGUAAGAAAGACGAAGAAAGUGGGAACAAUAGUACCACGAUGAAACCAGACUCUAAAACGAUAAUGGCUGUUCAAGGAGUUAGUGCUGCGAUUGCUGGAAGUGUUUCUGCUUUGAUUACAAUGCCACUCGACACAAUCAAGACGAGAUUGCAGGUUCUUGAUGCGGAAGAUAGUAGUAACAACGGGAAGCGUGGACCGAGUAUUGGACAGACUGUAAGAAACUUGGUUAGAGAAGGUGGAUGGACAGCUUGUUAUAGAGGAUUGGGACCAAGAUGUGCUUCAAUGUCAAUGUCUGCAACAACUAUGAUCACUACCUACGAGUUCUUGAAACGGCUUUCUGCUAAGAACCAUGACGGGUUUUAUUCUAAAUCAUAGUGAUAACAACUGAGAAUCCACAUAGAAGAAUCUUUUAUGGAAAUGUCUCUAGUUUUCUUACUUAUCUUGUUCUUUGUCUAGCUGUUCUGCUAUUUCAUUUGUUUCCAGUCAUAUGUAAGGAAUGUGUUAAAUUCAGUUGUUUCUAAAUAAAUAAAUGUUAUUUCC